CCAAUUUUUUCCAUGGAGAAGGAGAAAAACCAUUCAAAGCCUCAUGCUAUAAUGUUUCCCCUCACUUACCAAGGCCAUGUGACCCCAUCUAUCCAUCUAGCCAUGAAACUAGCAUCAAAGGGCUUCGCAAUCACCUUUGUCAACACAGAAUUCAUCCACCACCAAUUAACCAAAUCACAACCCAAUAGCACCUCCGCCGCUGCCAUCGAAGACGACAUCUUCACCGGAGCCCGUGAGUCGGGCCUUGACAUACGCUACAAGACGAUGACCGACGGUUUUCCAUUGGAUUUCAACAGAAUUUUAAAUCCGCAAUUCGUUGCGCUAAACUUUCUAAGCCUCCCUGUCCAUGUGGAUGAGCUUGUUGGAAAUUUAGUUAAUUCUGAUCCAUCAAUUUCUUGCUUAAUUGCGGAUACUUUCUACACAUGGGCAUCACAUAUAGCCCACAAGUAUAAGCUUGUCAACAUUUCUUUUUGGACCCAACCGGCUUUGGUGUUCAACAUAUACUACCACAUGGAACUCCUCAUUACUAAUAGUCAUUUUCCUCCACAAGAUGAGCAAAAGGACACAAUUGAAUACAUACCAGGUGUGAGGGUUAUAGAGCAAAAGGACUUGCCAUCAUAUCUUCAACAAACUAAUACGGAGGGGCAACAAUUCUUAGAUAAGGCAUUUAAGGAAGUCAAAAAAGCAGAUUUCAUACUUUGCAACACAGUCCAAGAGCUUGAAUCACAUUCCAUUUUUGUCCUUCAAGAGAAAAAAUCCAUAUAUGCAAUUGGUCCCCUACUUAAUUUUCCAAAUGGGUUCACUAAGAGAAAUAUUGUUCCCACAAGCAUGAGGACUGAGUUUGACUGCAGCCAAUGGCUCAACACAAAGCCUCAAGGUUCAGUUUUGUACAUCUCGUUUGGUAGCUCCAUUCCUUCUCAAAAGAGUGACAUUGAAGAAAUAGCACAUGGGCUUGUGAAAAGUGGGGUGAACUUCAUAUGGGUUCUUCGUCAUGAUUGUGUGAGUUUUGAAGAGCCUUAUUUUUUGCCAAUUGGGAUUCAAGAUGAGAUCAAAGGUAAGGGUUUGGUCGUGACGUGGACCAAUCAGAUUGAGAUUAUGUCACAUCCUUCAAUAGGAGGGUUCUUAACACAUUGUGGAUGGAAUUCGAUAAUCGAAAGUCUACAAUGUUCCGGUGUUCCUCUUUUGUGUUUUCCGCUAAGGGGAGAUCAGUUCACCAAUAGGAAGAUAGUGGUCGAUGAUUGGGGGAUUGGAAUAAACCUAUGUGAUAGUAAGCCGUUGACUAGGGUGGAAGUAGCAGCAAAAAUCAACCGUUUGAUGCUUGGAAAAUCAGCUAACAAGUUGAAGAAAGAGGUAAUUAAGGUGAGGCAGAUGGUAUUGAAUGCCUUGCCGAUAAAUGGUUCAUCAGAGAAAAGUUUAUCCAAUUUUAUUAUUGACGUGAAGGCCAAAAUUAAUGGACGAAUUGCCGAUGAUCAAUAGGACGAAUUGCCGAUGAUCAAUAGGUCAAAUGAGAUGGAACAGGGUAGCAUAGGAUUGAGUUUAUGAGGGCAUGUGUUUAAAAAAAUAAUGGACAAAUUUGACAAAUCCUCUUAAAGCUCUUUUCUCUUUUUU